ACAACCUUGACCUUGGAGAAAUGUCAACUUUCUCCAGUGCAUGUUUUCGACUGUUUGUAGCUCGAACUCCAUGGCUAAGGCAUGGUUCAAGGCCACAGCGAUGUUUGACUCAUCGGGUCAAUAUCUACAGACAGAGUAGCAGUAAAGCACCACAGGCUUCCAGGGAACAGCAGGAUAGUAGACUGGACCUCGACCCGGAGUAUGGAACACCAGCUUCCGACCGUGGCACCCAGUUGUCCGUUUUGAGCCUGGAUGUGGAAGAUCGCAUCUUCAUCACCAAGAUCAGUCCCUAUGGCUUCACGCUCCACAAUGGGCAUCGUCUAAUAGGACCGACUGUUUGUCUACCUCAACACUGCUUUGCCUGGAAGGUAGUGGAUGUGGAGGACAUCACGGAGGCUUCCCUCACAUUGUUUACCAUGAUAGAACCUAAACCAGACACUUUGAUUAUUGGGACAGGCCGUGAACGUUGUGAUCUCCCUGCAAAUGUUAUAAAGUAUCUCCGCAAACACAAGAUCAUCUUUGAGGUGCAUUCAACAGAGCAGGCGGUGGCAACAUUUAAUUUCCAGGUUAUGGAUCACCGGUGGGUAAUGGCUGCCCUGCUUCCCCCUGAUCCACCUGCCCCCUCUGCAGCCCCUGGCCAGCCCCUUCGGAAAUUUGUCCAUGAAAAACUUGAGUCUCAGAUGGAUCUGACCACAGCUCUGCCUGACAAUGACACUGACCUCCUGUCCUCUUCAACUGAUACAAAGGCCAGGAUUGAAACCAAAACAAUACCCGUCCAAGACAGCCUGGCAGAAACUGUCACUGUUUCUGCUCCAUUCGAAGGUGGCCUCAGGUCCCCACUGGGGAGUGGGGGCUCCUUUGGAGACAGUUUGACAGUGGGAAGGAAGGGUGACAGCUCUAGAACAGAGGGACAGACCUCUCAAGAUACAGACAAUACAGGAACAAACAUUCCAAGUGAUAAAAGAUGAAACAUUUUCUGAUUGUCACAUCCGCUAGUAUUUAUUUCCUGAUCAUCAGAAUUUGGCAGUUCCACCAAGAGUUGGAUAAGCAUGGGGACUCACACUCCUACUGGCUUACUGGUACUGUAGCUGACGGGCCUUAUGACUUUAUAGUUAUAGAUGCAUUCAGUUAUCUGGAUGAGUAAUACACCUGGGAGGCUAUGUGUGCUAUGUCUGCGGACACUACUUUAAAACUCAAAAUAAUAAGACCGUAUACAUGUACUAUCAGCAGGCUUGAUAAUCAAUAUAAUGUCUUGUUGUCAAUGUACAUGUUUUUUAUAGAAUUAUCUUUUAGUUCCAACCUCAACUGAUAGUGAUGGCAUUUUUGAUGUUGUUUUUAAUGGAUUUAUGCAUUUCAUGGUUAUCAUUUAUAUAUGUGUGUGGUAAUUACUGUGGGGCUGUAAAGAAUGAAAUGAACUAGUGAUACAUCUAGCCUGACCCUUGUUUGAAAUUGGUAAAUGUACAUUAACGUGUGUUUGAUAAUAAAUGCUGUAAUGCCAAAAUAUA